AUGCGAAGGCGGGCGGGGCUUUCAGUAGCUUUCAAGGUUGGUAAGGAAACCAGCUAGAUUAGUAGCCGACGCGCACCUUACCACGGCGCACGCGCAAAUGUUACCGCUACAACCUAUUUUGUAUACAUAGAGGUUGUAUAGGAACAUCUUAAUAAAAAAUAAAUUAGGCAAUCGAGUUCGAAAUUCUAAAUUCGAAGCGUUUGAGAAAACAAAUUCCGCGCUAUUUUUGGCGGAAUUUGGUAGUGUUGCCAGUUGAAUUUGAGGUGUUAUUUUCGAAGUGUCUUGCAGUUUAUUGAAACAGUCAGAAUGUUCCACGGAGGAAUUUGGACCAAGCUGCAAGGCUUCUACAAGUGGUACGUCUUGGGACUGGUGUCCAUCGGCUACAUCCUAGGAGAACUCGGACAUUAUCUUAUUGGUACAACGUCGAAGGUGACUGCAGAUGAUCUCCACUACGGAGACAAGUCCUGCAUGCUGAACCUCUCGCACGUCUCCCUCAGCCAGCUGCCUGUUGUCUGCGAGAAGGUCAACUCUAGCGAAACAUGCGAAUCUCUAAUGCUGAACGGUACGCGCUACUGCGAGUGGGGCUACAACGGGCUCGGCAUCGACUACCAGGUGCUGGCCGGGCCUGCCUUCAUGGCGGUCUUCACUGUUGUUGGGGUCAUCAUCGGUGUGGUGGCUGACAAAUACAACAGAGCAAGAAUCCUUUCCUUCUGCACAUUAGUCUUCGUGAUCGCCAUCCUCCUCAUGGGCUCCGUCCAGGAGUACUGGCACCUGGUCGUCCUCCGUAUGAUCAUGGCCGCGGGCGAGUCCGGCUGCAACCCCCUGGCUACUGGCAUCCUGACCGACCUGUUCCCUGAGAAACAGAGAGCGUUGGCCUUGUCUAUCUUCAACUGGGGCAUCUAUGGAGGAUAUGGUAUCGCUUUCCCGGUUGGGAGGUAUAUACCUGAAGUCAAUGCUUGGGGAUUGAGCUGGCGAGUAUGUUACUACGGCGCCGGUAUCGUCGGUCUGAUCAUCACUCUCUUCACCUUCCUCACUCUUCGCGAACCUUCCAGGACUACUAUUGGAGAAGAAGGAACGAAAACAAACGACGGUGGCGUGGAGUCCGGUAAGAAGAUGCCUCAAGUGACCAUCUGGCAUGUGAUCGCUCAGCCCAGGAUCAUCCUGCUGUGUCUCGCGGCCUCCAUCAGACAUUGCGGCGGUAUGUGCUUCGCGUACAACGCGGACCUGUACUACCGCGACUACUUCCCCGACGUGGACCUAGGCUGGUGGCUGUUCGCCGUCACCGUCGGCAUCGGCUCCGUGGGUGUGGUGGCCGGAGGAGUUAUCUCUGACAAAUACGUAGAGAAGAUGGGAGUUCGUUCCCGUGUGCUGGUGCUGGCCGUGUCGCAGCUGAUCGCCACGCUGCCCGCCUUCGGCUCUGUCGUGUUCGGCCCGCUGUGGGCUAUGAUCACUCUGGCUAUCUCCUACUUCUUCGCUGAGAUGUGGUUCGGUAUCGUGUUCGCUAUUCUGGUCGAGAUCGUGCCGCUCUCCGUGCGCUCCACAACGGUCGGCGUGUUCCUCUUCGUCAUGAACAACGUUGGCGGCAACCUGCCCAUCCUGGUCGACCCCGUCUCCAAGGCCAUAGGAUACAGAGAGGCCAUCAUGAUCUUCUACGCUGGAUUCUAUGGCAUAAGCAGCAUCAUGUUCUUCCUGACAAUGUUUUUAAUGGACGGGCCUGUAGAGAAACCUACAACAUCAGACGAACCCGAGAACAAACGCAUAGGCCUCGACAACCGAGCAUUCACACAGGACGAACUCCCUUCCAGAAAUGCUGGCAGGAGUCUACCAACCGCGCCCAGUGAAAGAUUGUAGAUUAAAUAAAUGAAGUUAAAUACUUUUUGGACAAUACAGGGCCGCAAUCAGGACGAUCGAGUCUGCAAAUAAAGUACAAAUAGGUGCUGUGCAUGGAUUCGUUUUUAAGUGAGGGUCGCGAUAUUGGAGACAUUAAAAUUUAUGCGUUUCUUCCAAAGCUUAAUAUUAUUUUUAAUUAGGUUACUGUUUUUUUUUUCUGAUUGACGUUUUUCACAGUUCGAAUCAAAGAAUAUACUGAAAAGUAUUGGUUUUACCAUUGAACAGUGUAUUGUACAAGGUCUGGUGGUGAAACCAGUAAUAGAAUUACAUCCGCCUAAAAAAUCACAAAUCGAUUCACUUCCAACGCAGCUGUGGCUGACAAGCGUGGUUUAUCAAAUUGUAGGUUGCUAUGGAAAUCUCAGCUAAACGUAGGAGCCUUCAAUACAAUGCAUGUUCCUUUAGGAGUAAGCAAAACAAAUCAUUCGUCUUUAUGCAGCAUAAAAACGUCUUUGGCGGUCAAUUGCCUGCAUGUCAGACGUAAAGUACGAGUUUUUAUAUUAUGCAUUGUCGUCUGUACCACUAAGAUAUGUCUGAGUAUGUAAGGUAGAAUAAGUUGUUUUAAGUUUACUUAGGUUAAGGGUCUUUAUGUUGAAACACGUUUUAUUUAUUUACUUAUACAAUUAAUGGUCAGCAUCGAAAGUUAAAGAAUUACCCCUAUUCCAAUAUCCUAGAUCCAAUAUAUUGUGUGGGCAUAGUAAAAUUGUAUCAUCCGCUGAACGGUUCAUCAGUUGGCCAUUCAGCCAAGUGAUAGUUUUACAAUACAACGUCAAUAAACGCAUAGGAAUGACAUUUCGUUUCGAUAAAUCUCGUGACUUAGGCCUGGCAUCUUCAAUAUACAUUGAAGAAUUGUAAUUUGGCUAAAAUAGCAGACGUUCAAUAAAAGGUCAAAGCCAUACCUACUAGAUAAUUAUGGAAGCCAGAAAGCGGUACGCUAGCAAUAGAGUUAAUAGCUGGCGCGCUGGUAUUUCGUAUAAAUAUGAUUCAUUUUUUAAUUUUCGAUGCUGUCUGUACAAAGCAAACGUAUCAUAAUGUUAUAAUCCGACGAAAAUUGAUUCGCAUAAUUUUGAGUUCAUUUCAGAUUUAUUUUUAUUAAAUAAAUAGUUUGAUGGCUAGAUUAUUAUGCUUUUAUGAAGAGGCAAAAAGAAUUAACUUACACAUAAUUAAUGAAAUACAAUAAAAUACAAAAGACUAUCAUGUUUUGCUGGCCGUAGUUUUCUUGUUAUGUCUAACGCCUAAUUUUUGGAAGUUGUAUGAUAAUAGGAAGUAGAAAACUUCCUUAUAUGAAAAGCAGUUGUGAUGUGAUAAAGAUCUUUUGUACAUAUUUAUUUCCUAGUUAGGUGAUUAUUGUAAAUAAAAUGUUUAAUGUUU